AAAUAUACAAUGUAGUUUAAUACAAAAAAAAAAAUAAUAGUAUGAAUAUGAAAUAUGUAGUUGUUAAUCAUAUGCAAUAAUAAUUAUCUUUAGUUUAAUUUUUAAGAGGUUAUAAGUGAACUAACUAGUAAAAGUAGAUACUAGGCAAGUGGGAAAGCAUAACAAUGGAUUCCGAAGGUGGUAAAAAUAAAGUUCCUGGUGCUGAGCAGCCAGCACCUCCAGGAACUGAAAUUCCGCUGCCUUUGAAAGAAACAGGAACACCUGUUUCAACACCAAAUACGCCAAAAGUUAUAUCCUCAGCUAAAGGUGUCGAAAAUGCAAAAAAGAGACUUAGAGCGUUUUCGAUUCAAAAGAAAGCGCCUAUCACUCCAAUUAUUGUUCCAAAGGCGACAGGACCUGGAAAUACAACUGUAUUAAUUGGUAAAUUAAGUGGUGUAAAACUAGUACAAAAAGCUGACCCUGACCCUGAUCUGAAGAAAAAACCGAAACCUCCUAAACCUGGGACUUCCAGGAAAUUUCUUCAAGAUUCCUACACUGAUCUUCAAAAGAGAACUCUUGCUGAAAUUGAGGAUAUGAAGCGUAAAAUGGAGUUAGUCGAGUUAGGUAUACCGUUAGGUCUAAUCUGCCCAACGUCUACUAGCGAAAAGGCAAUGCCGACUAAAGCUAUGCCACCUAUCAAGUCGUUCCUGGAUCCAGCUAAAGUAGAUGAUCUUAUUCGUGAAGCUAAAAAAGCAAAACAAGAAGGUAAGGAAUUUAAAUUCGACUAUCAAAAGCUGUUGCCCGAUUACGAUAAUCCUUUUCAAAGGAAAAAAGAUGAAUCAUCUGGCCAUGAAAAGUCUGAUCGUAAGUCUGAUCGCCGUAAGAGUGAGGCUGAUAAAGAGAAAAACAAAGAUAGGAGAAAAAGUGACAAGUAUGAUUCAAGAAGACACGACUAUAAAAAAGAUGAUAUGAAAUACAGAGAAAAAGAUAGAGAGAAAACAAAAGAAAAAAGUAGAAGCAAAGACGAGAGGAAUGAAGAGUCUAAACAAACAGAUAAAUCUAUAGAAAAGGAAACUGACGUCAAUCUUAAUGAUUAUUUAGUUUGUGACAGUUGGUCCUUGGAUAAUGACGAUAAAAAUAGCCCCUCAAGUCCCUUAUUUCAAGAGAAAUCUUCUAACUUGACAGCACCGUUCUCAGAAAUAAAGGUCACUGAACCAUCUGAUCAAUUGAAAGCUAGUUUGUCUAAGAAGAACGAAAUAUUAAGAAACUGUGCCUUAGAAAACACAUUAAAAGCGCCUGCUAAGAUUGAAAAGUUACAGCCAGUGAUAGAUUCUUUCAAAUUUGAAAUAGACCCGAACGAUGACGAAGUUUUAGAUAUAUUUGACGAAGAUUCUGGUUUAGAAAAAUACGCUCACCAAAGUAAAUCUAAAAACUCUUCUGGAUUGUAUGAUAAAAAUUUAGAUUACGGAGCUGAUACAUCAAAAGAUACGUCGUUAGAUGGCCUUAACGAUGAUACGUUUUUGGAAUCUGUUAUAAAUGAAAUAAAGCAAGAGGAUAUGAGUGACGAAACUAGUCAAGACAAGGGGCUGGUGGAAUACGAAAUGUCUCCAAACAGAGAAGAUGAAAGUCCGAGAAAAUCAAAAGCCGGCUCUGUCACUCCUGAGAUCGCGGACAAGAGUCGUAGCCAAAGUCAAAAGAGCGAUUAUUCAGAAGGUUACAGAUCAUCGGAUAGUUACAAGACUAAUGAUACCAGUGAGAGCGGCUACAAGUCCGUGGAUAGUUAUAGAGUUUCGGUGGAAAAGGAGUUGGACGAAGCUUCGAACAGGAAAAUGUCUAAAUCUACGGUGGAUUCUCUAGAAACUUGGAGUUUUGUUCUCAAAAUAUGUCAACCACUUCUGUUUCGACAUGAUAAGAAUAAAUGUUACAAGGAAACUCGUACAACUCCCAAAAUUUGGUAUACAGAGAAUCCCAAAGGAUGUUCUUGUGUGAAAGAUCGUAGCAUCGUUUACGAAGAACUCGAAAUGUGUAAGAUGAAUCUCGUGGAUAGAGUUUAUGGAUGUGACCAAAUUCCGGACUCUCCGUGCCCAACCGUUCGAGGCUGGUACCCUCGCAAUAGUCUUUGUUUGAACGAGAAUAAUUUAGUUCCUUUAUCUAAUGAGUGGGAAGCCGAAGACAGUUUACAAGCGCAUAGAAUUCAAAAUAGAAGGUCGGAGACUCCUCAGAGAAAUGAUGAACUUUUUUUGGAUAGGGAAUAUCAGAGAUUCAUGGAAGCGGUGUGGCCAGAUGUUGUUGAUCCUAAGAUAGAAACGUCUAGAAGUACAACGCCAGUUAGACAAGAAUCUAGAAAGAAAAAGAAAAAGGGAUUAGAAAAAGACGCGGAUGAUAAGAAGUCUAAGAAGAUUAAGUUGAGUAGCGAAGGUUGGAGCCAAGAGUCUGACUUAGAUGAGGAACCAGAUAAAAGCAGUAAAAUGAAAGUUGAAAAGCAAAAAACGAAAAAUCGAAAAAGAAAACAUUCCACAUCGUCUUCCACAUCACUGUCUGAAAGUGACGAUUCCUCUGUUAAGAAAAGAAAAAUACUUAAAAAAAAGGCCAUUAAGAAGACAAAAUCGAAGUCUGCAAAACGUCGCCGUAUAGGACGAAAAAUACUCAAAAAAUUGAAAGAAAAGCAAAACAAACGUGAAAGAAGAAAAGAUUCCGAUGAUGAUUCUGGUAAGUAAGAAAAAAAAGUAG